AUGGCGAACAAGAUUAGCCUUGGUCGGUAUAUGUGGGAAAGAAUACAUCAAAUAGGCGUCAACUCCAUCUUCGGCGUCCCCGGCGACUUCAAUCUCCAAUUCCUAGAUUCAAUCUUUGACGUCGACGGCCUAAAGUGGGUCGGGAACCAGAACGAACUCAAUGCCGCCUACGCCGCCGAUGGCUAUGCUCGCGUAAAAGGCGUCCCUGGUUGCCUUGUCACCACCCACGGUGUCGGUGAGCUCUCAGCCCUCAACGGCAUCUCGGGCUCCAUGUCCGAGAACAUCCCUAUUAUCCACGUGGUCGGGCAAACUACCCGCGCGAUGCAGAAGAAUCACAUGAUGAUUCACCAUUCUAUUGGGCAGAGACCGGAUCAUCAGCAGUAUAAUAAGGCGAGUGUGCCAUUAAGAUUUGCGGCCGCGGAGCUAUGGGAUGUUGAGAAUGCACCGGGCGAGAUUGAUAGGGUGAUUAGGGAGUGUGUGAUGAAGAGUGGCCCAGUGUACAUUUUUCUACCGCUGGACCUGAGCGCCGAAAUGGUGGAUGCCGAGCUACUCAAAACCCAUAUCGAUCUCCGACAGAGGCUCGAUGAGGAGAAGCAGAACGAGGCAGUGGAAGCUAUUGCGGAGGCCUUGAAGGCGGCGAAACACCCAACUCUACUAGUCGAUGUACUUACCAGACGCUUCGGUGCAGCGGAAGAAACUCGACAGCUAGCUAAGAAGCUGAAUGUCCCGGUUUUCGCGUCGAAUAUGGGGAAGGGCAUUGUAAAUGAGACCGAGGAGAUGUAUGGUGGUGUAUGGAUGGGCGCGGUGAGCAGUCCGGGAGUUCUGGACGAGGUCAAGAAGGCGGAUCUUGUCGUAACUUUAGGCUACCUCCCUGCGGAUACGAACUCCGGCGGUUUCUCACGGAACCUCACUGAAGCAAGAACCAUACGUAUCGAACCACACGAGGUCAUCGUAAAAGGACACAAAUACUCGGACAUUGCGAUGAAACCUCUCCUCUCCGCCUUCCUCAAGACGUUGCCGGAGAGACCUCAGCAUACUAUCGAGAAGCCUACCCUACCUGCAUCAAGGGUACCAAAAGAUAAGGACGAGAAAAAGCUCACACAGUCAUACAUCUGGGAUAGAAUCGGAAGCUAUCUAAGGGAAGGCGACGUCCUCCUCGGCGAAACCGGCACCUCAAACUUCGGCAUCUACGACAUCACCUUUCCCUCCUCUCUACAGUACGAAGCGCAAAUAUACUACGGCAGCAUCGGCUGGGCGGCGGCCGCAACAUUCGGCGCGGAUGUGGCGCACCGGGAACUGCUCCAGUCUACCAAGAAAAAUGGUGGAAGGACAGUGUUAUUCACCGGCGACGGCAGUCUCGCCCUGACUAUCCAGGAAAUUGGAUCUAUGGUCAAACAUAAGAGUCGAUGCGUUCUUUUUGUUAUCAAUAACGAGGGUUAUACCGUUGAGAGAAUGAUCUGGGGCGCAAGGCAGAUAUACAACGAUAUUGUGCCGACGGAUUACGAAAAGUUGCUGCCGCUUUACAAGCAUCCUGAUGCCCAAAAUUCUUACCACCGUGUCACGACAAAGGAGGAAUUCGACGCUGUGCUGCAGAAGCCGCAGGUAGUAAAUCCGCAAACUGUGCAGCUUGUGGAGUUGGUGGUGGAGAAGCUGGAUACCAGUUGGAGACUGGGGGCACAGCUGGCGGUUAGGGGAGAGGAGGCUCGGAAAUAUCUGAAAGAAGAAGGUUUUCAUGAUGCGUACGGGAAUUGGGGGUUGAGUGAGGAGGCGAUGGGUGGGACGGGCGUGAGCUGGAAGUGA